AUGAGUAAAGCCUCAAGGCUUUUCAAAUCUGGUCGUGAAAAGCUUCAGCAAGGAAUUGAGAUGUACAAGCAGCAGCAAAAUGAACGAACUGGAAACGAGCCAGCAUGGAUGAAAAACAGAGAUGUGUAUAAGAAGAAAUCGAUCGGAUUAAUGGAUGAAAGAGAUGAACUGACGAGAGAUCAUAUUAGAAGACUAACUGCUGGUCAACGAGCAAAGGACAGAGAGUUCCGUUUGGGUAGGGAUCAUGUGAUGUCUGACUUUGGAAAAGCAGAUGAGCAUUCUGGUUACAAACCGUCAAAUUAUGACUCUUUUAAUUCAUCCAGAUCGCAAUCGGUUGAACGCACGCCAGAGAUUGGUCAACAAGAAAGGCGGUCUCACACUCAGCAGCAGGUUGGAGUACAGAGUAUGCAGCAUAAGAGCACUUUGCUACCCAGGAAGAACUCUGAAAAUGACAGAUCCAAAAGUCCGGAUGAAACUCUUGUUGAUAUAAUGGAGGCACCUUUAUCGACUACAAGUAAUGGUGUCUCUUCUACUAAAUCCAGAACUCCAGGUGGACUCAUUCCGUACAAUAAACCAUCGAUGCCAUUUGGUAUUGCACGAGAAGAAGGUGCAGCUGCUUUCAAAUCGGGAGAUUUCCCAAAGGCAUUAGAAUGCUAUCAGGAGGCUCUUCAAUUCCUCUCAACUGAUCAUCCUUUCAGAAUAUUGAUGUACUCAAAUUUGGCAACCGUGUUUGAAAAGCUAGGAAACUCUAGAGAUCAACUUAGUGCUUGUACAAGUGGUCUUGACAUGAUCUCAACCCUUUGCAAGGAUGUGUCUUUGCUGGAUGAUCUCAUGUUGGAGCCACACAAGAGUUUGAAGAAGUUCUGGAUUAAAUUAAACAUAAGGCGUGCUGAAGCUUUAGAGCAGUUAGAAAAGUUCCAGGAUUCAUUUAAAGCAUAUGACGAAUUGUUGAAGCAUGGGGUGUCAUCAAAGCCAAUCAUGGAUGGAAGAAGACGCUGUCUAUCUGUUAUGCAGCCUAAACGUAAGCCUGCAGUUGAAAGGCCUGUUUCUGCAACUCAUAGAUCGUCAAAUUCUACUGUGACACCUAAAUUAUACAGAGAAAGUGAAACAUUAAGGAGGGUCAAAAGACAGGAAGAUGCCGAGGAAAAAGAGAAGGAAGAAAUGUUUAGAUUACACGAUAAGGUGGAAGGCCUUCUGCAAGGUUGGAGCAAUGGUAAAAGGGAUAAUAUCAGGGCCUUGCUAUCUAGUUUGCAUGAAAUUCUAUGGCCGGAUCUUCAUUGGAGACCUGUGUCAAUGACAGACCUUGUUUUGGACAAGAAAGUCAAAAUUACAUAUCUUAAAGCGGUUGCAAAGGUUCAUCCAGAUAAGCUUGGGAAUAAUGUCACAACUGAACAGAAGAUGAUCGCCAAUGGUGUAUUUAUUACAAUAAACGAGGCUUGGGAGACAUACAAGAAGAUGAACAAUAUAAAAUGA